AGCAAAUCAAAACAGCCCAAUCCACCAAGAUGUUCAAGUUCCUCGCCGUCGCUCUAUUCGCUCUGCUUGCCUGCGUGGCUGCCAAGCCCGGAAUCGUGGCUCCUCUGGCCUACUCCGCUCCUCUGGUGGCAGCUGCUCCCGCGGCGGCAGUCUACAGCCGGGAGUACCACGGCAACUUCGCCGCUCCCUACGUGGCAGCCUCCCCCUACGUGGCGUCUCCCUAUGUGGCGUCUCCCUACGUGGCGUCUCCCUACGUGGCUUCCCCCUAUGUGGCUGCUCCCUACACCGCUCCUCUGCUCCUGAAGAAGUAGGAUGGAUGAUGAGGACUUGACCACACCUGAUAGAAAAACGGAAACCGAAUUAGAAAACAAAAUAAACAAUC